AUGGAGGAAAGAAAAGAUGAGGAAACUGAGGAAAAAAGCAGAUACUGUCUCUUAAAUCCAGCUUCGGGCUUUGCAGAAUUUUUCCUGGAAAAUGUCAUCUGCAAUUCUGUCACUUCCACAGAACAUGCCAAGAGAAAGACCAUUGGUGCCAGGGACAUGGUGCUGAGCUGGGCUGAGAGCAGCUCGGACUUUGUCAUCCCCCUCUACUGCUUCGACCCGCGGCACUACCUGGGCACCCGCAGCUUCGGCUUCCCCAGGACGGGGCCACACCGGCUCCGGUUCCUGCUGGAAAGCGUGAGGGACCUCAGGGAAACGCUGAAGAAAAAAGGAAGUACCCUGGUUGUGAGGAAGGGGAAGCCAGAAGACGUGGUCUGUGAUCUGAUUACUCAGGUGGGCUCUGUCAGUGCUGUGGCUUUCCAUGAAGAGGCCACGCAGGAGGAGCUGGAUGUGGAGAAGGGGCUGUGCCAGGUGUGUAGUCAGCAUGGGGUGAAGAUUCAGACAUUUUGGGCAUCCACGCUGUAUCAUCGGGAUGACCUUCCCUUCAGGCCUAUUGCCAGGUUGCCUGAUGUCUACACCCACUUCCGAAAAGCGGUGGAAUCUCAGGUGAAGGUCCGGCCAACCCUGCCGGUGGCAGAUCAGCUAAAGCCUCUGCCUCCAGGGCUGGAAGAAGGGUGUAUCCCUACAAUGGAGGAUUUGGGACAGAAGGAUCCUGUGACUGAUCCACGAACAGCCUUCCCCUGCAGUGGAGGAGAGACCCAGGCUUUAAUGAGACUGCAGUAUUAUUUUUGGGACACGAACUUGGUUGCAUCUUACAAGGAGACUCGGAAUGGACUGGUGGGCAUGGAUUACUCAACCAAAUUUGCACCGUGGCUGGCUCUGGGCUGCAUUUCUCCUCGGUACAUCUAUGAGCAGAUCAAGAAGUAUGAAAAGGAGAGAACAGCAAAUGAGAGCACAUACUGGGUCUUGUUUGAACUGCUGUGGAGGGAUUACUUUCGAUUUGUGGCCCUGAAGUAUGGCAACAGGAUUUUCUCAUCAAGAGGGCUUCAAAGUAAAGAGAUCCCCUGGAAAAAGGACCUUCAGCUCUUUGACUGUUGGAAAGAGGGCAGAACAGGGGUUCCCUUUGUUGAUGCCAACAUGCGAGAGCUGGCAGCGACGGGCUUCAUGUCGAACAGAGGGCGGCAGAACGUCGCCAGCUUCCUCACCAAGGAUCUGGGGCUGGACUGGAGGAUGGGGGCAGAAUGGUUUGAACACCUGCUGGUGGAUUACGACGUGUGUAGCAACUAUGGCAACUGGUUAUACAGUGCUGGUGUUGGCAACGACCCACGGGACAACAGGAAGUUUAACAUGGUUAAGCAAGGCCUGGAUUACGACGGGAACGGGGAUUAUGUCCGGCUGUGGGUCCCAGAACUACAGGGCAUCAAGGGAGCAGAUGUCCACACCCCUUGGGCACUGAACAGUGCUGCUCUCUCCCAGGUGGGGAUAACUCUGGGUGACAUCUACCCACAGCCCCUCGUCACAGCCCCAGAGUGGAGCAGACACAUCAGCCAGAGGCUGCAGGGAAGAUGUCCCCAUCCCAGGGGCAGGAGAGGACCUGCACACACACCAAUGCAGCACAAGGGCAGAGGGAUAGAUUUCUACUUCUCUCCCAAGAAAGAUGUGUGA